GAAUCGUCGCCUCUCGUUUGAUCCGAUCGUUGCGCUACGAGACGCGUUGAAAGUCCUCGUCAGGCACAGGAACGCUUGGCUUUGUCGUCGGCCUUUACGUAUUGUACCUCGCGAAUGUUUCUUUUUUUUUUUUCCCACUCCCAGUCACACGACGCGGUGCCAAAGUUCUUCACAACAACAAGUGGUUCUUCGCAAGACCCGCAUCCCUUUCACAAAUUCAAAUAUUUGAAUUGAUUCCAAUAGAAUAUGCGCGGCUUGUUUGUUGUGGGGUCGGAUAUUCCAGCACUGGAAAAGAAGGGAGGAUUGAGAGAGUUCUCUUUCACUCGUCUCCAGGCGCGGCAGAUUGGAAGGCGCUUCUCUAGAUCGUCGCCAAGAGCGUGGCGCCGCGGCGCUCGAUCGAAUGCCAUAGCUCCAGCUCUUUGGAAGAAUAAAUGGACGUAGCUCCUUUAGCUGGUGUCACUGGAAGGCUUUCUUGCCUCCAAACGAAAUGUUGCGAAGCAAGCGUAAGAUCGAAGAGGCAAAAGUUCCAAGUUUGCAAUGGGCGAUGCAUUCCAAAGUCGUGCUCCGUGGUGGCGUUCCCUGCGACACGGCAGAGCUUUCAGCACAGUCCGGCGUGUAGGUUUCUAGCUCUCUCCGUUCGUCUCACGGAAACGUCCGUGGUGCAAAGCACGUAUGUCGAAGAGCCUCCAGAGCGGGAGGAUCAAGACAACGACUUCGAGCAAAUUGACUUUGCACAGAAUGGAGCGUCUUCCAGCAGCACUGACAUUUCCUCGGUCCCGUCGGAUCGCGCCGAGUUGCAUGCCAUAAGAACGAAUUACAUGAGGCAAAAGCUCUUGAGGAAACUUAGCGAGGUGAAUCAAUACAAUCGUAGCCUGCAAAGAACGGUCCACGAGUCGAAUGAUACGCUGCUCAAGUGCAAAGCGGAACUGGCGACGAUGGAGCUAGAACUUGGUGUUCUUGUCAACUUGGCCCAAGAGGUUGCAAGGGAGGGAGGAAAGCUUGGAUCUCGCAAAAUCAAUGGCAGAUAUAUCCAGUCACACCUUGCUCACAGGCUCGAAGAUAUGCACAGUCGCUUGACAUCACAAAUCAGAGACGUGGAUUCCGUGAGCUUGAGAGACGUUACACUAGAAUGGUAUGGAGUGGCAGAGGACGUGCGAGUGAUGGGAUCCUUCGAUGGCUGGACCGAAGGCGAGAGUCUAUCUCCAGAACACACUGGAACAUACGCAAAGUUCUCAGGCCUUCUCAAGUUGAGGCCCGGCCAUUACCAGAUUAAAUUCGUGGUCGAUGGAGUGUGGCAAGUUUCUCCUCAGCUAGCCACUAUUGGCGAAGGCCUUACUGUGAACAACUUACUUGUCGUGGAGUAAAGUUAACUUUUUACUCUAAAAAAAGUAGAGUGUUUAAAGCGAUUAUACAAAUUGUUUUGGAGGCA